CCCUCCCUCAGUGCCGCCGGCAGAGUUCUCCUGUUGCCGCUUGGCCAACUGCCGCCUGGCAUCGCAUGGCUCCGGCGGCGUCGGGGGCCCUGCGGCAGCUGAGCCUGGCGCUGGGGGCGGCGGUGGCGGCCCUGGGCUCCCUCCUCCUCAUCGCCUGGAAGGUCUACUUCCGAGACUCCCAGCAGCAGCAGCCCAGCGGCGUCGGGUGGAGGGCGCGCUGGGAGAGGCAGCUGCUCCUCCAGGCCCCGCUCCCGGACACCCAGGAGCCCCACCGACAGGCACAUGAGUAUCAGGUUUUGGUUCUAGGUUUGGACGGAGCUGGAAAGAGCAGCAUUAUCCAUUACGUCUGCAGUACAGAAGCUCAGAGGCACAUAGAACCCACUCAGGGCUUCAACUCAGUACAACUGCAAGCCAAUGGGCUCCAGCUGGACUUCUUGGAGGUUGGUGGCAGCCAGAAUCUACGCUUCUACUGGAACUACUACUUGAGCAAAGCCCAUGUUCUGGUGUUUGUAGUGGACUCAGCAGAUGGCUCUCGCCUUCAUACUGCCCGCCAGGAGCUCCACUACCUGCUCUCUGAGGACCCUCUGUUGCCUUUGAUAGUCUUGGCUAACAAGCAGGACAAAAGUGAUGCACUGAGUGUGACAGAAUUAAAGAAAGAGCUGGAUUUGCACACCUUGAACAAUCAACGGGAAUUCUUUCUGUUACCCACAAGUGCCACUUAUGCUGGCCUGGACACAGCAAACAGCGUUCUCCAGCUGAAAAGCCUCCUGAUCAAACUUCUUGCCCAGAUCUGAAGGACUGGCAUUUCAAGAAUACUGAAGGCAGGGGGACUCUCCAUGACUUCAUUCUUCACAGCCGCUGCUUGAGGCACCUUUCCUGCCCAGCAAGAGGACAAGAGAAAAUUCUUUUGAAGUGUUCAUUCAACUCGUUUUAAGUUACAGGACCUUGCUGCCUGUAUUACCUUGGAGACACAGUCUACUGUUUGGUGGAAGCAUAGCAACAGAGGCAGACAAAGUGGUUCAUUGGAGUAACACUCUUUUUGGAAGAGAGCUAAAGAACAUUGCUGCCCUAAAUCCUAUCUAGAACAUAGUAGUAUGAACUGUAAAGUCAUACUUAGGCUAAGGACUAUCCCUUAUAGGACCUACUGUCGCCAGAAGUAUAGGAAGAGAUGAAAGUGGUGAACUUGCCCAGUGAUGUUUAUUUGCCUGUAGAUGGGCUGGAAUACUGUCCAAUGCUGUCAUUUGGGGAGAAUUUUGCAUAGUGGAGAGCAGGGUGCAUUAUCUCAGGGUAGCUGAGGAGUUAUAGUUGCUUCUCAGCAUAAUGUGCAUAAGCAGCUAUACUGAAGACUUAUCCCAGUGCCUUUAAAGGCAUCUGUUAACCUAUAUACCAGUGAUUAUACAGAAUAGCUGGUAGUCCAUCAACUCAAGAAAACUGCUACGUUAAGUGUCACCACAACAGCCUCUUGCAGCACUCUUACAGGCAGUGGUAUCUUCUCACUGUUUUCAACAGAUGCCAAAACUGAGUUAGUUUCCUAAAAGGUUACUCUCUAGAACACAAUAGGAAUUUAUGUGCUGGUUGCCUGUAUCAGAACUGCAAAUUUCAGAGAAGGGUUACUCAGGAGGAACCAUUUUAUGUGAGUAGAUAAGGAGGAAUAGCUUCUGUGCCAGUUUAACUGAGCAUCUCUUGCUUUGUGUACUGCUCUGUUUAAUCUUCAUCCCACAAGGGCUUAGUCCUAUCAUGUGAUGCUGCUCCACUCUGGAAGCAAAGAAGAAAUUGUACACAGCCUCCAGAAUGAUGGCUGUGACAUGCAACAGGCAAGCCACCCCAUUUGGGCUACCAAUGACUUUGAGCCUUUUACUUCCAAGGUAAAAAACUUUGCCAGAUUGCUGUUUUGCCUUUGGAGGAAGGUGUUCUGUCACUGCCUCCCCCAUGUCCCUUUUUCUGUAGCAAGUGGACAUAAAUAUUGCCUGACCAUGCACUAAGCUUUUAGGGAAGCUGAUCAUCUCUCCUUAAUCCUCAUUGUUUUAUCCUGUCACAAAACAUAGGAAGCUUGGUUUCUGCCAGUGAACCCCAGGCCUAAGUUCAUCUGGCCUGUAUUAAAAUAGAUAACUGGUAAGUGUUUAUAUGGCGCUGUACAGACCGGAGUUUGCACCGGCCUGCACGCAUACUAGGGUUGCCUCGGGGCGUCCUUUCCAGAUGCCCCACAACUCUAGUACGUUGUAAUGGCGGCGCUCCAAACGGAGUGGCAUGGACAUGAUGUCCUGGCGCCGCGGAAGGGCGCCUGUGGUGCCCUUUCUGCAGUGCCAGAAGGAGCUCCAUUUUGGAGCUCCUUCCUGGGUUUGUGUCACUGGAACAGCCUUUACACGGCUGCGCCAGCGACACAAAGGAGAAAGGCGCCUGGAAAAGCAGUGGAUCGGGGCCACAGGGCUGUCGCUAUGGUAGCUAAGGCCCCGAUCGGUCGGGGAAAGGGGCAGUCUGUACACUGCCUAUGAGGCUUUCUCCUUAUGUAUAACUAAACCUUGACUUGUUAUCUUAGAUGUAAGGGAUGAGAACUGGAAAAAAUGCAUCAUACUGUUGCUGCUAGAAAGGACAAGCUCAAGGAGUAUUAAGGUUACAGGCCUUUUGUUAGACCCUAUUCAUGCCUAAGAAGCCUUUCUGGACAAAUAUUGCACAGGGGCUUAAGCCUAAUCAGAAACUGUUCUCCUUGUUCAGAAGGUUUGCCAAGGCCAACUUUUAUUUGAACCUCUACAGUAUCAUCUCAGGAAUGGUCUCAACAACCACAAAAAUAGAGGAUUAAAAACUGUUGUAAGAAAAUCUGAACAAAGUCAAUAAAUAGGUUUCAAAAAUGUU